AUGUCAAUUCCAAUAGACGAAGAAUCUGAUAAUCUUUCAAUAGGUAUUGACUCAACAAUCAAUAAUCCUGUCACCGAAUCAGUAACGGGAAAUUCUUACGAAGAUAACAAUGAGGAAGAAGUGGAUGAAACCACAAGUUUGUUGAAACCACGUGGAAAUGAAAUCCUGACUAUAAAUGAUAAUUCAGGAACAAAAAUUGCCAAGAAAAAGAGAUUAUUUUCUUUAAAAAAUUUUGUCGUUAAAAUUCAAAACCACAUCACAGAAUAUCUUCGUAUGUUAAUUCAUUUUAAUCCUCUAACUAGAGAUGGUGGUGAAACUCGUGGUACACCAUCAGUGAAAUUUGAUGAUUUAGUUUCACCAUCAUCUCUACCUCUAACAUCAUUAAUAAGUAUAGCCGCGGGAUUUUUAUUCAAACCACUAAUUUUAGCUGGGGCUGUAAUCAUUGUUGGAGAUCUUUUUGGAGCUCUUGGAACCUUUAUUUUUGGGAGAUAUAUAUUUUCAGAUUGGGUCAAAGCUCAAAUUGAAAAGAAACCAGUAUUUAAUGCAUUGAAUAAAGUUAUUGCUGAAGAAGGAUGGAAAAUUGUGGUUAUGUUACGUUUAACACCAUUACCUUUCAACUUUAUAAGUUAUUUCUUCUCAGUCAGUUCUAUAGAACUUUUUCCAUUUCUGUGGGCCACUGUUCUUGGAGUGCUGCCUGGAACUUUUAAUGCAGUUUGGAUAGGAUCAUUGGUAAAGAAUUUAAGUGGUAUUGAUAAACCUAAAUUAAAAAAUAAAGAUAUUGUUAUUAUCACCAUGAACUUUAUACUUGUUGGAUGCUGUGUGAUAGCAUUAUCAAUAUUUGGAAAGAGAUCUUUACGAAAGGCAAUGACGAAAUUGAAUGCACCUGAAAAUGUUGAUUCCAAUAAUGACAAUGUUGUAGCUGAUAUUGAUACUAGUAUGUAA